GUAAUCGAGACACUCACCAGACUCUAUCUGGUGAUGGAAUAUGCUUCUGGAGGAGAUUUACACACAUUUAUCCUUAAAAAUGGUUGUUUCGAGGAACCCGACGCCAAGAUUAUUUUCGCUCAGGUAAUCGCGGCCGUCAACCAUCUGCACGAGAACAAUAUUGUACACCGAGACAUCAAAGCAGAAAACAUACUUUUCACCUUGGGACCGAUAAUUCCAUUCACUGAAAGUCCUGCUGGCUGCCCAUUUGAUAGCGCUACCUCUAGCAAAGACCAUUCUCACCAGACGGACAGUAGGACCGAGUCGAACCGUACCGCUGACGAGCAACAUUGUGACGACAAGCCUCUAGGCAAGCUCACCGAUGCUCGGAUGCUCCACCAGCGUAGUCAUCAGACACUGGCCCAGCUCACACAGUGGCUUCGUAAUACAAUCAGUGGAACCGGCGAGUUUAGUCGACAUGUACACCGGUUUCCAACUCAUGCUCUUCCAGUCUCUAGUUACGGCUGUUCAGCUGCAGCUGUACACAUUCAAACUGACGCGAGUGCAGGCUUUGUUAAAAUAUGA